AUGUCGCACCCCAACUCGCGUUACGGUCCAGCAGAUCGGGAUCGUCAAGGAGCAGCAGCAUCGCAGCGUGCACCGCGCUCGGACUCCGUCCACACGAGUGGCAGUGGUGCUGCUCCAACGUACCGAUCACACCAAUCUCAUGCCCCUCCGGCCCCUCCGAUGCCGAACUCACACCAGCAACGAGCACCCUACGACGAUCCUUUCAAUGACCCUUCUACGACCUACUCGAACCAAGGUCCCCCCCACUCGACGGAUGGCGCUUCUCCCCGUCAUUACCGACUCAACGACUCGAGUCCCACCUUCUCCUCAACACCUUACCUCUCCGCAGCGAUCGCAUCAGCCAACGCCAGUCCCAACCCCAACACGUCCUUCCAUCCCAUAGGAUACGACUCGAGGAACACUUCCAACGUCGAUCUUUCGGACCCAUAUUAUUAUCGUCAUCAGAAUGCUUCGAUGGAAGGAGCGGCUUCGGCUUUUGGUGGGGGGUUUCAUCAGGGGGGUCAGCCGCAUUAUGAGGUCGACAUGGAUGAUGAUAAGAGACCUCUGAGAGGGGAUCAGGCGGAUUAUGGAGGGAUGCAUCCGGAUGAGUGAGUUGCGGGUGAAGACUUGACUUUUGCAGUCCGCGAAGUUUUGGGGGACCGAGAAAAGUCACGUGCAGUGCGAUUGCUGAGCUCGAGUUUCCUCGACGGCGACGGCGAAUUCUUGGCUUUGUUUACAGUUACAACGCGAGCGCAUUCCAUGCAUCGCAUUUGGAUGGAUCGGGUCUCCAAAGGAGGGAAACGUCGGCGGAGGUGGGUCUUGAUACAGAAACAGAUUCCAUGGAGCCGUGCCUGACAUCAAUGCAAAUUCUAGGCCUGGGCGAGGAGGCAGCGUCAACCUUUGAAGAGGGCAGUCACGAAACGUGUCAAGCUCACACAAGGUCGGUGUUCUCGUCUAAAUGAGCCUUCCUUGUCGGGAGUGACCGAUUGUUGAUUUGAGCUUUCAGCUUUCAGGAAACUUCAUCGUCGAAUGCCCCGUUCCAACCGCGGUCAAAUCUGCGAAUCUGUCAAGUGGGGCUAGUAAGUCUAGUCUUUUCGUCGUUCAAACUUACAAAGACUCAAUCCCUCACUUCACACCUGCCAUGGCCUCAGAGGGUGGGCCGACCGAGUUCUCUCACAUGCGCUACACGGCGGCGUGCUGCGACCCUGAUGAUUUUACUCAGGCCGUACGUCCUGUCUUUGUCCGUUAAUCUGCGGGUAUCCAGACUGACGUCAUGACUCCACUGGUGUAUAGAAUGGCUAUACGUUCCGAACUUCAACCUACCGACGUCAGACCGAUCUGCUCGUUUGCAUUGUAAGCCAAAGCAUCCACUGCUGCGCAUCACCUCACCCAUUCUCGAGCGCGAAACUAAACCUCCUUUGUCGCACCCACAGACCGCCUACAACGAGAACAAGAUGUUGCUCUCGCGUACCCUACAUGGUCUGAUGCUCAACAUUCGUGACAUCGUCAAGGGUAACUUCUCCGAGUUCCGCAAGCAAGCCGAAUCGGGGGGUCCCGAGGUCGGUCAACGCAAAGGGGAGGCGUGGAAACGAAUCGUCGUUUGUCUCGUCUUUGAUGGGAUCGAUCCGGCGGAUAAGGGGAGCUUGGACGUUUUGGCGACGAUCGGGUUGUAUCAGGAUGGGGUGAUGAAGAAGGAUGUGGAUGGGAGGGAGACGGUCUCGCAUAUCUUUGAGUAUACAACCCAGCUUUCCAUGUCGUCCAAGCCUGCUCUGGUCGAGCCCCAUCCGAACGAGUGAGGGUUUUUGAACGUUCUCCUGUCCAUCCGAGGCCCACACUGAUUUUACUCACCCUUGAAACCCAGUCCCAAUAACCUCGUCCCGGUACAAAUGAUUCUUUGCCUCAAGCAAAAGAACGCCAAAAAGAUCAACUCGCAUCGAUGGCUCUUCAACGCGAUCGGUCGCCAGCUCAAACCCGAUGUCGUCUGCUUGCUCGAUGCCGGAACCAAACCAAGUGCACGUUCGAUUUACUACCUCUGGGAGGCGUUCCACCACAACCCCAAUCUCGGUGGAGCUUGCGGAGAGAUCCACGCCAUGUUGGGCAAUCACGGCAGGAAACUCUUGAACCCGCUCGUCGCGGCUCAGAAUUUCGAGUACAAGAUGAGCAACGUGCUCGACAAGCCGAUGGAAAGCGCUUUCGGAUACGUCUCCGUCUUACCGGGAGCUUUCUCUUGCUACCGCUACCUCGCAAUUCAAGGUCGACCUCUCGAUCAGUACUUCCACGGGGACCAAACGUUGGCUGCGGGAUUGGGUGCCAAAGGGACGGACGGGAUGAGCAUUUGGACCAAGAACAUGUUCCUUGCUGAGGAUCGUAUCCUCUGCUUCGAGCUCGUCGCCAAGGCGAACGAACGUUGGGUGUUGGGUUACGUCAAGCCCGCCAAGGGAGAAACCGACGUUCCCGAAACGGCGGCCGAACUGAUUGGUCAACGUCGUCGUUGGCUCAAUGGAAGUUUCGCCGCGGGUUUCUACGCCCUCGUCCAUUUCGGUCGAUUGUACCAGAGUGAUCAUUCGAUCCUUCGCUUGUUCUGGUUGACUGUUCAAGGGGUGUACAACAUGAUUCAAUUGUUCUUGGGCUGGUUCGCGCUCGGUAACUACUACCUCACCUUUUCGAUCAUCAUCGAACUCGUUGCCAACUCGUUGAGGUACCCCAAAAGCAUCGCCGAUGGUGAUCCCGCGACGAUCAAAUGUUGGUCAGGGACGUUCAUCGAGGAUGACGCAGGGGCGUCGUUCGAUUGGCUCUCGCUUGUCAACUACGUCUUCAAGGUCGUCUACCUCGGUGUCAUCGGCCUUCAAAUCCUCCUCGCGUUGGGCAAUCGGCCCAAGGCCGAGAGAUUCGCGUACACGCUCUGCAUCUCCAUCUUCGCCUUCUUCUCCCUCUACCUCAUUUCAAACACAGUACUUUUGACCUACAUGUCCUUCUGUCCCAUCGGGACUAUCCUCGCUCAACGAACCGGAUCGAUCGCCAGUGUCUUCUUGGGAGGCACGUAUGGUCCCAUCUUUUCGGGUUUGCUGGGCACGUUCGGCGUGUACAUCUUCUCGUCACUUCUGUACCUCGAUCCUUGGCAUCUUUUGACGAGCAUGCCGCAGUACUUGCUCAUUGCGCCGAGCUUCAUCAAUAUCUUGACCAUGUGAGUGGACGACUACUUUGACCCUAUCCGUGGUCCCCAAACUUACCCCUGAACACGCGUGUCCUACCCAAAGCUACGCAUUCUGUAACCUUCACGACGUCUCCUGGGGCACCAAAGGUUCCGACGCCAGUGCGGCCCUCCCCUCCGUCACCUCGACCUCAACCGACAAAGACAAGGACCGCAUCAUCGAAGUGCAAGAAAAACCACAAGAAGACAUCGAUUCGACCUUCAAAGCGACCGUACUUCGCGCGAUAGCCAAACACGACGAAGUGGAAGAACGGGCCGUGCCUACGAUGGAAGAUCGAAACAAGACGUUCCGAACCCGUUUCGUCGCGUUUUGGUUAUUGUGUAACGCCCUGUUGUGCGUCGUCAUCUCGAGGCUCAAUUCCGAGGUCCAGGCGAGAUACUUCCAGGUGAUUUUGUGGAGCGUGUUCGUGACGGCGGUGGUGAGGUUGUCGGGCAUGAUUUAUUAUCUGUUUGGCGAGUUUGGGUUCCGCAUUGCGCGGCUCUGUGCGCGUGGGAGACGAUAG